UGUCAUAAGGAAUCUUUGCAAUUGCAUGUGGCUGUGUCAAUGGAGAAGUAAGGCUGAUGCAAUAUUGUGGUGUAUGAUUUCAUUUGGAGGUAUAAAGACUGCGUAAAAAUCGAUUGAGUGUUAGUGACUUUUGAGAAUCAUACAGUAAGAGGCGUCGCAGAUAUUUCCGAAAAUGGCGGAUGAAGAGUCGAUUUUUGACCCAACAUUAAAGAAGAAAAAGAAGAAGAAGAAGACCACAUUUGACAUUGAUGCAGCUUUAGCAGAGGGCACUGUACAGGAUGGAAAUGAAACGGGAGAUCCAGCAACAACAGAUAAGGAAAACCAGGAACCACAAAAUCAGGAGCCGCUGCCUAAAGCUGAACCAGAAGCUCCAAAGGAAAUGGAGGUUGACGAUACCAAUCUCGAUCUUGAAAAUUUUGGUAAAAAGAAGAAAAAGAAGAAGAAGACUUUUAACUUGGAAGAGCUUGACGGGGCCUUACCCGAUACGACUAAUAAAAUAAAGGAGGAAGGGCCAAUGGAAGUUGAAGCUCUACAGGAAGAAGCAGCAGUUGAGGACACAUUUGAUUUAGAUAUGGACUUCUCAAAGACCAAAAAGAAAAAGAAGAAAAGGAAAGAUCUGGAUGAACUUGUUGCUGAAGACGAGAAGGAGAAAGCAGAAGAUAAAGAAAAUGGCUGCACUGAGGUUGAGAAGUGUCCAGAACCUGUUGAAGACAGCCAGACAACAUGGUUUGGAGUUGAUCGUGAUUAUACUUAUGAAGAACUGCUGACCCGUGUUUUUGAUAUAAUGCGAGACAAAAAUCCUGACAUGGUAGCAGGAAAGAAACAAAAGUUUGUCAUGAGACCUCCACAGGUUGUUCGUAUUGGAACAAAGAAAACCUCUUUUGCCAACUUCACUGAAAUAUGUAAAACAUUACAUCGGCAACCAAAACAUUUACUAGAUUUCCUAUUAGCAGAGUUAGGAACCAGUGGGUCUGUAGAUGGAAACAAUCAGCUCAUUAUUAAAGGACGCUUCCAGCAGAAACAGAUUGAAAAUGUAUUAAGGAGGUAUAUCAAGGAAUAUGUGACGUGUCACACUUGUAGAUCACCCGACACUAUUCUGCAGAAAGAUACAAGAUUGUUUUUCUUGCAGUGUGAAACUUGUGGUUCUAGGUGUUCCGUUGCUAGCAUCAAAUCUGGUUUCCAGGCUGUUACUGGAAAGCGUGCUGCUAUCAGAGCGAAGACAGCUUGAUUAACUAAGUGAUUUCAUACCUCAUGUGGAAAAAUUUAAAUGAAACAACAGAUUUCCUUUAACUGAAUUGUGUAUUAUACAGAAGAAUUGUAUAGAAAUAUACUGAUGUUUGCAAUCAUGUGAAUUUGUACUCUAGCAUGUGUGUCCUUCAUUAUCUGUUUGAAAUAUGAUCUGUACUGUUA